GACACGGGUUCUGCAAACCUAUGGGUACCCUCCGUCAAAUGCAGAUCAAUCGCCUGCCUUAGACAUGAAAAAUAUGAUUCUACCAAGUCGUUCACAUUUUUACCAAACGGAACAUCUUUUGCCAUUAGAUAUGGAAGUGGUUCGGUCGAAGGGAUCAUAUCAAAAGAUACCCUUCGUAUCGGAGAUAUUGAAAUUGAGAAUCAAGAAUUUGGCGAAACAUUAAAAGAACCUGGGCUUGUAUUUGCCUUUGGUAAAUUCGAUGGGAUCUUUGGUUUGGCAUUUUCUGAGGUCUCCGUUAACGGUGUCGUUCCUCCAUUGUACAAUAUGAUUCAAAAAAAUCUCAUUUCGCAUGGAAUCUUUUCCGUUUGGCUAUCUAGUAAAAAGAAAUCUUCUCCAGAAGGUGGAGAAAUCUUGUUUGGAGGGAUUGACGAUUCUAGAUAUACUGGGCCUAUCACUUGGUGCCCCAUUACCAGAAAGGGAUAUUGGCAAAUUAAACUCGAAAGCGCAAGCUUAAAAAUGACUGACAAGCCAAUUCCAGAAACGGUGUGGAUAUCAUCAUCAAUAACAAAUGUAACUGCAACCGCAAUCGAUACUGGAACCUCUUUAAUUGCAAUUCCAACCGCGGACGCAGAGGCUAUACAUUCCAUCCUUGGGGCUAAAAAGACUUUUGGUGGUGCCUGGACUAUUCCCUGUUCUUCGCUCUCUUCUCUUCCAGAUUUUGUGCUCAAAUUUGGAGGGGCUGAAUUUGCCCUUAAACCAGAGCAAUAUGUAAUCCAAACGGCUCGAAUUUGCAUUUCAGGCUUUAUGGGUAUCGAUAUACCUCCACCAGCAGGUCCAAUUUGGAUUGUUGGCGAUAUUUUCCUGCGCGAGUAUUACUCUAUCUACGACUUUGAUAAUUUGCGUGUCGGAUUAGCAAAGUCCACAUAA